UGGUAGAUGCAUGAGACACAACUACACUAUACACCAGUUUUGGUUUUUGUUUUGUUUUUUCACCACCACCUUCUCUAAUAAAUCCCAAAUAAUCCUUGUUUGGGAUUUUACCAAGUCCCUCUGUGGACUCCUGCAAAUUCCAACCACUGCCACCUCCUCAGAUUAAGUGUUAUACACAUCAACAAUGGUGAGCUUAAGAAGGCGCAGGCUCUUGGGAUUAUGCUCUGGGCGAAGUUCCGUUCUAACUCCACUUCCUUUGUUUUGUGACAACACAAAACUUGACAAUGUACACCUCAUGCCUUCGGAAAAUAGAAAUCUUCGAGACAGGAGUGGUGCAAAAACAGAACCUCCAUCAUCAACAGCUUAUGGUUCUAGCUUGGCAAACGAGCAACCUCAAAAAUACGUUCCAGGGCCACCAAUUAAGCGCAGAAAACGACACCGCAGAAAGCAUAUUCAUAACCAAGAACCAUGUCUGAUGAGAGGUGUCUAUUUCAAAAAUAUGAAAUGGCAGGCAGCAAUUAAGGUUGAUAAAAAACAAAUUCACUUGGGCACUGUUGGUUCACAAGAAGAGGCUGCUCAUUUGUACGACAGGGCUGCUUUCAUGUGUGGGAGGGAGCCAAAUUUUGAGCUUCCUGAAGAGGAGAAGCAAGAAUUGAUGAAGUUCAAGUGGGAGGAAUUCUUGGCGGUGACUCGUCACUCCAUAAACAACAAAAAGCUCAAGAAAUGGCAGUGGUCUGCCUCAGAAAAAAGGUCUGAGACACCUCCAUUACAACAUGGUGACUGGGAAGACAAGCAAGACGUAAAUGGUCUCUCAACCUCGGAAGAUGGGGAGGAAGACAGACGAGUUUCUUGAUCAUAAUGGUUUGAGAACAAUGCCUGAUAUUUCCGGUUUUAACAGUUAAGUGCUAGCUGAUAGUCCUCCAUUUUUUAAAGUAUAAAGGCCCAUAUUAGAGCAAAGAUGCUAAAUUUCAUUGUCUUUAUUAGGCAAAUGCCCAGUAAGUAGCUUCAGAUUAGAAGCAUCAUAGUGUUCAUUUGCUGUUAGUUCAAAUGAACCAGUGUCUAUGAGAAAUCUAUUGAUUUAUUACAUGCUGUUCGCUGCUGAGCAGACGAAUAAUGUCCUGAGAAAUUUAAUUUGCAGAAGAAACAUGACCUGAAGGUUACCUUUUCCUAUUCUGCAAUCACAUAGCAGUACCUUGAGUUUAG